AUUACACUUUAUUGACUCCGAAGAAACACAAAAUAAGAGAGGAGAGAAGAGCCCUUUCUGGUUUGCAGCUGGGCGGGUCUUUAACGCACCAAUCAGACAGUGACCCCUCCCUAUAAAUAACAGGCAUCAGGCUAGUUCACUUCACUUCAUGUUUUUUCCGAUUUUGUAGCGUGUCUGUGACCAUGUCUGAAACUGCGCCUGUAGUUGCAGCAGCAGCUGCUCCUGCUCCAGCCUCCAAGGCUCCAGCUAAAAAGGCAAAGAAGGCGGCAGCGGGUUCGAAACUCCGGAAGCCCUCGGGCCCCAGCGUGACCGAGCUGAUCACUAAGGCAGUGUCAGCCUCUAAGGAACGCAAAGGGCUUUCUUUGGCUGCUCUUAAGAAAGUUCUGGCAGCUGGAGGGUACGAUGUAGAAAAAAAUAAUAGUCGUAUUAAGCUGGGGCUAAAGAGUCUGGUGAGCAAAAGCGUUUUGGUACAGACCAAAGGUACCGGUGCCUCGGGUUCCUUCAAACUCAGCAAGAAGCCGGGUGAGACAAAGGAGAAGGCACCUAAGAAAAAGUCAGCGGCAAAACCUAAGAAACCAGCUGCCAAGAAGCCUGCCAGCGCUGCUAAGAAGGCUAAGAAAGCUGCGGCCGUAAAAAAGAGCCCGAAAAAAGCCAAGAAACCAGCGGCUGCCACGGCGAAGAAAGCAGCCAAGAGCCCGAAAAAGGCCAAACCUGCCAAGCCCAAAAAGGCAGCUAAGAGCCCGGCUAAGGCCAAGGCGGUGAAGCCUAAGGCUGCCAAGCCCAAGCCCACCAAACCUAAAGGAGGAAAGGCUAAGAAGGCAGCGCCUAAGAAGAAGUGA